GUUGGCCGGAGAAUGGCAUAUAUGUGUGCAGAUAGUGGAAAUCUCAUGGCAAUAGCCCAACAAGUUAUUAAGCAAAAACAACAACAAGAACAACAGCAGCAGCAAAGCCACCACCACCAUAACCAGCAGCAGCAGUUUCUUGGCCUAAACCCUUUUACUAUAAAUCCUUGGCCCAGCACUAUAAUGUCUGGUAACCCAAACUUGGGCUAUGGGCUCUCGGGUCCGGUUGCUUUCUCUGACCCGUUUCAGAGUGGACCAGAUACAGGUGACGCACCUGGGUUUAGCUUCUCGAACAUAGAGCACCACCACUCGAGUGGGUUUCGGUUUCCUGAUUUUGCUGGAGCUGGUGGUGAGUUUGACUCGGAUGAGUGGAUGGAUAGUUUAAUGAACGGUGGGGAUUCAACGGAUAGUUCUAAUCUUCCUUCUGGUUGUGACGCGUGGCAAAACAAUACUGAUUUUGGGAUUUACACUUCUGAUCCGUUUAACACUGGCCCCAGUCGACUUCCUGUUGGCUGCUCUCCACCGUCUGAUCUUAACCGGGUUAUCUCUAACUCGCCCUGGCCCGCCCCAUCUUCUCCUCUGCAAGAAAUCAAGCCUACAACAUCGUCGCCGCCACCGCCUCCGCCAACAGUAAAGCAUGAGACCGUUGGUGGGUCAAAAGAAACAGUAGAGUUGUCUUCCUCACCGGUUCUGAUAGCGCUUGUUGAGUGUGCUCAACUUGUCGAGUCUAAAGCUGGUCAAGCUAUGAAAUCAUUGCUUAAGUUGAAGGACUUGGUGAGUGAACACGGUGAUCCAGUUGAGCGAGUUAGUUUCUACUUCGCGGAAGGAUUACGCAGAAGAGUUGCUGUGGAAAAACUUGAUGACUUGAAGAAUCUUGAUCAGACAGCAAGUGAAGAGUUCACUCUGUCUUAUAAAGCUUUGAAUGAUGCUUGUCCUUAUUCAAAGUUUGCUCAUUUGACAGCAAACCAAGCAAUUCUUGAAGCAACUGAGAAAGCAAGCAAGAUUCACAUAGUUGAUUUUGGUAUUGUUCAAGGAGUUCAAUGGGCUGCUCUUUUACAAGCUUUAGCUACACGUUCAGCUGGAAAACCUGUUAGAAUUCGGAUCUCAGGUAUACCUGCUCCAGUUCUUGGUAAGAAUCCAGCUGCUUCUCUUUUAGCUACUGGCAAUAGGCUUCUUGAUUUUGCUAAGCUUCUUGAUUUGAAUUUUGAGUUUGAGCCUAUUCUGACUCCAAUUCAGGAGUUAAAUGAAUCUUGUUUUCGGGUUGAGCCAGAUGAGGUUUUGGCUGUCAAUUUCAUGCUUCAAUUGUAUAAUUUGUUGGAUGAGUCUCCAGUUGCUGUAGAAACUGCUUUAAAGAUGGCUAAAUCGUUGAACCCGCAAGUUGUUACUCUUGGUGAAUAUGAAGUUAGUUUGAACCGGAUUGGGUACUUGACUCGGUUUAAGAAUGCUUUGAGAUACUACACUGCCGUUUUUGAGUCUCUUGAGCCUAACUUGAGUAGAGACUCACCAGAGAGGCUUCAAGUUGAGAGAUUGAUAUUGGGUCAUAGAAUUUCUGGUGUUGUAGGGCCAGAGGAGCCUGGAAUGAGAAGGGAAAGGAUGGAGGAUAAAGAACGAUGGAGGGUUUUAAUGGAAAGUUCGGGUUUUGAAUCGGUUUCACUUAGCCACUAUGCAAUGAGUCAGGCUAAGAUACUUUUAUGGAAUUACAAUUACAGUUAUUUGUAUUCUCUUGAUGAUUCUGAACCUGGAUUCUUAACUUUAGCUUGGAAUAAGGUGCCACUACUCACGGGUAAAGUUGAUGACUGUAAACUCGAUGAGGUCUCUUGUGGUGCUCCCUGGCUGCCUCAUGACCCAAAGCCUGCGGUUCUGCAAGUUUGUAAUGGGAUCAGUUUAUUUUUCUUCUGUGACUUGCAGGCAGCAAGAAUGACCUGCAAGUCAUUGAAAUGUGUGGUUACUGUAAAUUGGCAAUUUGAUGAAGACAUUUGGCUUCACAAGCUGAGAUCUCUCACUACCACUACAACUGCUGCUCCUCUGACUGUGAAUGUGCUUGCUGACGUUGCGCAAGAGAUCGAUCUCUCUGGAAAUGCGAAGAUGGGCCACGUAGAAAAGAUGAAUCGCGUCAUUAGAUCGCUGAGAGCCUAUCCACCUUGUGCUUUCUCAUCUCCUACAAAACAACAACUUGGUAGAAAAACUUCAAUGGUCAGUUUCAGGCCGGUCACGACUAUGGCUGGGAAGCCGGAGAGUGAGCAAAAGAAUAAGUCUAAUGAUGAGUGCUCAGAUGAUAAGCCUGGGGACCUGAUGUCUCAAUCUUUUGGGGAAGGAUAUGCUACAAGGUGUGACGAAGAAGGGUUUGGUGGGAUUUAUGGAAGGAAUCAAUCGAUUACCGAGGUCGAAAUUGGCGUGAAAAUCCACGAGUCUCAUCCCGGGGUCAGUUUCAGACAGGUUGCAACCAUGGCUGGCAAACCAGAGAAAACCAUGGACAAGGCUAAUGAGAAAACUGGGGACGUGAUGUCUCAUUCGUUUGGAGAAGGGUAUGCUACAAGGUCCGAUGAAGAAGGAUUUGGUGGGAUUUAUGGAGAGAAUCAAUCAUUUCCUAAGGUUGACGCUGACAAAAAAAUCCAUGAGAAUCACCCUGCUUAUGACAAAACUCAGGGAAGUGAAGUGACAGAGAAGGAGAAAGCACGAUUCCAAACCAAUGCAGAGUCUUAA